GCGGUUGCGAACGGCAGUCAUUUGGGAGGGCGCAUAAAGGGGGGGACUGUCCCGUCCGCAAGGUGAAUCAGUCGUCUCCCGGCUCAGCACCCGCGCUCCCAGCCGUGAAAUCCAUUCAUUCCUUCACCUCCGGCCUUUGCCACUCUCACACUCGCCCUCACAGACACACACCGCAAACCGCCAACAUGGUCUCGUUCACGUCCCUCCUCCUGGCCGUCUCGGCUGCCGUCGGCGUGUGCGCCAACCCGGUGCCGCCCAGCAUCGAGGAGAUGCGCGAGACGUUCCUGCAGAAGCGCGGCGGCACGCCCAGCGCCACAGGCACGCACGACGGCUUCUACUUCUCGUGGUGGACCGACAACCAGGCCCAGGCCACGUACACCAACGGGCCCAAGGGCCAGUACAGCGUCACGUGGUCCGGCAACGGCAACCUCGUGGGCGGCAAGGGGUGGAAUCCGGGCAGCAGCAACAGGAACAUCUCCUACACCGCCCAGUACCGUCCCAACGGCAACAGCUACCUGGCCGUCUACGGCUGGACGCGCAACCCGCUGGUCGAGUACUACGUGGUGGAGAACUUUGGCACCUACGACCCCAGCUCGCAGGCCUCGCGCAAGGGCACCAUCAACGUCGACGGGUCCAGCUACCAGGUGGCCCAGUCGACGCGCGUCAACCAGCCGUCCAUCGAGGGCACCCGCACCUUCCAGCAGUACUGGUCCGUCCGCCAGCAGAAGCGGUCGAGCGGCACCGUCAACAUCAAGGCCCACUUCGACGCCUGGGCCGCCCAGGGCCUGAAGCUCGGCACCCACGACUACCAGAUCGUCGCCACCGAGGGCUACUUUAGCAGCGGCUCGUCCACCGUGACCGUGAGCUAGGUGUUUUGCGUCAUGUUUUUGCAUGUCCCCCCAGACACCUGGUGCGUCUUUGAGACCGAGUUUUUGUGUGUGGCUGUAGCCAUCACUGGGCUCUCUCCGAAUUGGGUUUCUUCUCUUCUUAGGGCAGGGGGCUUACCCGCCUUGCCUGUGUAUAUAUCUAGAGCCAAAAAAAUAUGCUCCUUUGUGCCU